AUGGACGGCCAGCAACCACCAGGUCCUUCGGAAAAGGAGCGGCUUCAGGCGCAUUACAAUGACAUGGACCGCCAGCUGCCGCCCACCCCAUCGUCAGCACACUCACCAUCUCUAUCCACCUCAUCAGCACACAACUACUCAACCCUGAUUCCCGUCGGAGAUGACGCCGAGUCAAGCGGAUUCCACGACAUCAACCGGGACCCUACGCCUCCGCCGUAUUCCGGCCCGUCCAGCAGCUCACAGGUCAAUGUAAGCCAGCCACAGUAUCAGCAGCAACACCCAAGAGGAGCGGAGCGGUAUCCCGGCCUGCCCCGCCUCAACUACAAGCUGUACUCACCACCGCUCUUCGACCUAUCGGCCGACUGCACCAGCAUCGUAUCCAAGGCGCCCUAUCUCUCUAGUACCGUCAGCGCCCUUGUCUCGCUCGUCCGCGCGCAGUCCACCGUCCCGCCAAAGCCCCAGAUCCACAUCACCGGCAACCGCGGCCGCAAGGUCGACUUCGCCGUCAAGCUCAACCUGAUGAGCCUGCUGGUGCCCGACGACCCCAAGCAGCGCAUGGACUACAUCCGCUGCGUCGACGGCGGCGAGAUGGUCCUCCGCGGCGGCACCAAGCCCACGCUGGAGCCCAACGUCGAGAACGGGGGGCUCGAGGAGUGGUGCCGCCGCUUCGUCGAGGACGCCGGCCCCGUCAAGUGCUUUGUCCUGGAGCGCGUCGUCGCCAACAUGGACGUCAACUGGCUCGAGGGGCAAAUCCGCAGCCUGGUGGCUGCCACCAACUACAAGGGCGUCGUGACGGUCUCGUUCCCCGUCACGCACGCCAAGGUGGUCGUGCAGAACCCGGACAAGGUCAACAAGUUCUUCACGGGCAUCACGACGCUCUUCUCCGGCAAGAGGACCUACGAGGUGGUCAAGGCCGUGUGGCCGUUUGCCACGCACAAGAACGGCGAGCAGGGCAGGCGGUGCAUCGUCCAGAGCGAGGAGACGUGGUGGAGGGAGUGGAGGGAUCCAAUCAAGUAUGCCAUUGCGACCAAGAGGAAGGGCUGGGUCACCAAUGAGGACAAGCUGGAGGCUAUCAUGGAGGGCAAGGGGAAUGGUGUUUCAAAUGUUGAUUGGGGCCCGGAUACUGAUUAG